AUGCCGAAAGGACCACUGACCAAGUAUUUCGCACCUUUCAGAGCACUUGGAUUCGGUACCUUGAGGCUUGAGGUGGGCAGAGACCCCGUCAUCUUUCCCACUAUUAACCUUCUCUUCAGCUUGCCUGAUCCAAGUCGUGUUAUCGCCCAGCUGCCCACGGAGUAUUACGUCGCAGAUACACAGAUGCGUGGAGACUGGACUAAGGUAGAUUCUCCCUUGCAGUACGUAUCACUCGUUGAGAUACGACUAUCCAUAUACUGCGUAAGCCUGCACAUUGUCUUGGCCAGCUUCGGCAAGGGAGAGAGGAAUCCAACCCCGGCCAGCUUUUAA